UUCUACUGUUAUUUUUACUUUCUAUUUCCUUGUUGCUCUUGUAAUCUGCUCCAAUAACAACUCUUAGUUGCAUAUAUAUAUAUCUCGUUUCCCGCGCCUCGCGUGAUUCAGCUCGAUUCUCAGCUCGAUCCCAGCCAACUUUCUAGCACAAUCGAAACCGAUACCAGUCUUUGAGCACCAUGACUGAGAACACAGUACAAAAUCCAUUCCAGCAGUUUAUUAUUGCCCAUGGAGAUGACAAAGACAAGAUACAAGAGCGCUACGAAACCCACCGAACCACGAGGGCUGCUGACUUUAAGAGCAAGAUCCUGAAUCCGAACUUUCAAGGAUGGCAAGUCGACGAGAUCCUGAAGAAGUUGCAUGUGCAGGCAAAGAAUGCGGACGGAUCGCCAUUUGUUGAUUCAAGGAACAACUUGGCUUUCUACGCAAGACCGCCGCAGCAUAUCAGGGAGCUGGCGGGUGAAGUCCAGCAGGAAAUCCGAAGCAUUGCUCCAAGCAUGUGGUUUACGCCGUCGGCCGGGUUACACAUGACAACUCUCGAGCUAGCUAAUUCGCGGUCUCCAGAGGAGAUUGACGAGAUAGUAUCCCGUCUUUCACAGACUGGGGCAUUGCCUGAUAUUGUGAACUACACACUUCAUCACCGAGCACGCUUGAUCAAGCCCGUCGUUAGCUAUGACGCCUCAGCCAUCGCUCUGAGCUUUGUCCCGGCUACUGACGAAGAAGGCGAUGACUAUACCUAUCACCACCUGCGACGGGAUCUUUUUGAUGAAGUCACAGCUGCGGGUAUUCCAAUCCACCCCAGGUACACCGUUCCUUCAUCACAUAUCGCGCUUGCACGCUUCAUCACACAUGAUGGGUUCCUGCUUGAUAAGCCCAACCCAGACGGAAGCAGUUUUGAUCGCGAGCGCGUCAAUGAGCUGAUACAAAGGAUCGAAGAAAUUAACCAAAAUCUAAAAGAGAAGUACUGGCCUAAGCAGGAUGGGUCCUCGAAGGGAGAUUGGGUUGUUGGACAUGAAAAAGGCUUUGAGUUUUGUAAAGGAACAUCAUGGUAUGGGGGAGGGGAAUGUGUUCUUGUUGGAGAGGGCUUUCAGUGAUCCCGUUGUUUAACGACGACCUGUUAUGCGAUAUGUACAUAGCAUGAAGACAUGGCAAUUUUGAUCGAAUUUCCAAUGAUGCGAUGUAAAAAGGAUACGUUUAUGCCUGAGGCAGAAGUAUUACGGCAGGCUUGGCGUUGGACUCC